GUGGCGGCGGCGGCGGAGGCGGCCGGAGCGCUCAGACCCCUUCCCACACCCAGGCGCCGGGCGCGCACAGCCUCCCCGCGCGCACCCAGGACCUUCGCUCGUCGCGGGCUCCAGGCGGGUGCAGAAAAUUACAGAGCUUCAUAAUCAUCCCAAGACCACAUAGAGCAAACAUGAAUGAUAUUUCCCAAAAGGCUGAGAUUCUGCUUUCUUCAUCUAAACCUGUACCAAAAUCCUAUGUACCAAAACUUGGCAAGGGUGAUGUAAAGGAUAAGUAUGAAGCCAUGCAGAGGGCCAGGGAAGAAAGAAAUCAAAGGAGAUCUAGAGACGAAAAGCAAAGAAGAAAAGAACAAUAUAUUAGAGAGAGAGAAUGGAACAGGAGAAAGCAGGAGAUUAAAGAAAUGCUUGCUUCUGAUGGUGAGGAAGAGGGAUCUUCAAAAGUAGAAAAGGCUUAUGUCCCAAAGCUAACAGGAACUGUUAAAGGUAAAUUUGCUGAAAUGGAGAAACAAAGACAAGAAGAACAAAGGAAGAGAACGGAGGAGGAACGAAAACGCCGGAUUGAGCAGGAUAUGUUAGAAAAAAGGAAGAUACAACGUGAAUUAGCAAAAAGGGCCGAGCAGAUUGAGGACAUAAACAAUACGGGAACUGAACCAGCAUCAGAGGAAGGAGAUGAUUCACUACUUAUAACAGUAGUACCUGUCAAAUCACACAAAACAUCUGGAAAAAUAAAAAAGAAUUUCGAAGAUCUAGAAAAAGAACAAGAAUUAAAAGAAAAGGUCAAGUGUGAAGAAGAUAAAAGAAUAAGACAUGAAGAACAACGUCGAUCUCUCAAGGAAGCGACAUGUCUUUCAUUGGUCAUGGAUGAUGACCUGGAAAGUGAGGCAAAAAAAGAAUCACUUUUUCCUGGAAAAUUGAAACUGACUUUUGAAGAAUUGGAAAGACAAAGACAAGAACAUCGAAGGAAGCAAGCUGAGGAGGAAGCAAGAAAACGUUUAGAAGAAGAGAAGCGUGCUUUUGAAGAAGCACGGCGACAAAUGGUAAAUGAAGAGGAGGAAAACCAAGACACAGAAAACAUUUUUAAAGCAUACCGCCCUGGUAAACUCAAGCUCAGUUUCGAAGAAAUAGAAAGACAGAGGAGAGAAGAUGAAAAAAGGAAAGCAGAAGAAGAAGCCAGGAGAAGAAUAGAGGAAGAAAAGAAGGCAUUUGCUGAAGCAAGGAGAAGCAUGGUAGUAGAUGAUGACUCCCCCGAGAUGUAUAAGACAAUUUCUCAAGAGUCUCUUACACCGGGAAAACUGGAAAUUAAUUUUGAGGAAUUACUGAAACAAAAAAUGGAAGAAGAGAGACGACGAACAGAGGAGGAACGGAAGCAUAAGCUAGAGAUGGAAAAACAGGAGUUUGAACAGCUGAGACAAGAAAUGGGAGAGGAAGAGGAAGAAAGUGAAACCUUUGAACUGAGCAGGGAAUAUGAAGAAUUAAUCAAAUUGAAAAGGAGUGGCUCUAUUCAAGCUAAAAAUCUAAAAAGCAAGUUUGAAAAAAUUGGACAAUUGUCUGAAAAAGAAAUACAGAAAAAGGUAGAAGAAGAACGAGCAAAAAGAAGAGCGAUUGACCUUGAAAUUAAAGAGCGAGAAGCAGAAAACUUCCAUGAGGAAGAAGAUGUAGAUAUCAAGCCGGCAAAAAAAAGUGAGGCUCCAUUUACUCAUAAAGUGAAUAUGAAAGCUAGAUUUGAGCGAAUGGCUAAGGCAAGAGAAGAAGAAGAACAAAGAAGAAUUGAAGAACAAAAGUUACUACGCAUGCAGUUUGAACAAAAGGAAAUUGAUGCAGCACUACAAAAGAAAAGAGAAGAAGAGGAAGAGGAAGAAGGUGGUACCAUGAAUGGCUCCACUAUUGAAGAUGAAGAGCAGACCAGAUCAGGAGCUCCGUGGUUUAAGAAGCCUCUAAAAAACGUAUCGGUUGUAGACAGUGAGCCAGUUAGGUUUACUGUGAAAGUAACAGGAGAACCCAAACCAGAAAUCACGUGGUGGUUUGAAGGAGAAAUACUGCAAGAUGGAGAAGACUACCAAUAUAUUGAAAGAGGAGAAACUCACUGCCUUUAUUUACCGGAGACCUUCCCGGAGGACGAAGGGGAGUACAUGUGUAAAGCGGUCAACAGCAGAGGCUCUGCAGCUAGUAGCUGUAUUCUCACCAUUGAAACUGACGACUACUAGGUCCCCUUCUCUCUCCCUGGAACUCUCUCUCUCUCUCCGACUUUCUUACAUCCAUCUUUUCUGUGGCGGGGCCAAAAAAAAGGAAACCAGAAGUGCCACUGUUUACUUCUUAUUCCUUUCCCUAACAGUCUUCAAAACACAAGUUCAUCUAAAGAAUACCGUCUUCCUUGUCAAACGAGCACCAGAUUCAUCGCCAUAUUAUGUAGUAGAAGUUCAUGUGUAAUUUAAUGGGGGCAAAGUGGGGAAUUUACUCAAUUAUUUUAUCAACCUAUUACAAAGGCUGUGUAUUUCCCAUGUUCACAGCAAUUAUGUUUUAAAAAAUCAUAAAUAGAACACAUUAUUUUGCAUGAGAGAAUACUGUUCAUGAGCUAUUCACUUCUGAAAUUAGUCUGAACUAGCUGAAACUUAAUGAAUUUGGAACCUAUCAAUUUGAAUGGGCUUCUUCCCCCUCAGUAGUACAUCAUUUCGGUUGUUGUCAUCUCAAAGACUUCCUGAAGCAGAUACAUUAAGGGGAUAGAGGUGUCAUUCCUCCCUCUGUGUGGAAAAAAACAAACAAAAAAUAAAGACUUAAGAAACAA